GCAGUUUGGAGGAGGAUGUCGAUGGCUCACAUGAUGGGUGAAAGAGGAGGUGAAUCCAGGAGAGCUGCUUUCUCUCAGACGGCUGGUCAGGAGGUUUGGAGACCCGGUUCUGAUGACCGUGAUCAGGAUCCGCUGCCAGACCCGACCCAGACACAGAGCCAGGAUCUUCCUGGAUAUUUAACACCUCUGUCUUCUGAGUCUGUUUCUGUGUCCACAGGUCAGGCUGACAGGAGGAGGACGAGGAAGAGCGGCAGCCAGAAGAGCCCGGAUGAUGGACGUCCGUUCACUUCAUCUAAACACUCUCGCAGAGACAAAGCUACAGAAUCUAGGAAGAACGGAACGGGUUGUUUCCUCUACAGGCUCUGGAAGGCUGUGAAGUGUGUUUUCUGCUGCUGUUGCCACUGUAGUGCUGUGAAUGUUGUGGAGCCUUUUGUUCCUCCAGCAGAUCUGGAGCCAGAGCCUGAUCCUGAUCCAUCAUCUCCUGCUCCUGAUCACUCCGGCGUCAAGACAAAUAAUGAGUCCUUUGAGUCUCUCUAUAGCGUUAUAAAGAUGAUUGGAUCUGGAGGAUUUGGCAGGGUGUACCAGGGAACACGCAAAUUUGAUGGCAAAAAGGUCAAUCUUACCGAAUUCCUGGGCAUCCCGAACCUCUCGUUACAGAAGUGGCGCUGCUGA